UAGCAUGCUACAAACAUAAUUCAGACCGCAAACUAGUGUUGGAAGCGGUGUCUUGGCUAAAUGGUUGCUUUGACCCGUGUGCGUUUGAUUUGGCGACAUUUAAUCAACAGCAGAAUGGGAGAUAUGUCUUCCAAAAUGCAAAUGCCUACUCCAGAAACUGCUCUACCACACAGAAAAGAUGCCAUGAAAGUUUCAGCCAAGCACGCUGUCAACGGCAACAGGACAGUGCCGCCGUUCCCCGAGGGAAUGCAGAUGGUCAUGUUUGGCAUGGGCUGCUUCUGGGGGGCGGAGAGGAGGUUCUGGCUGCAGAAGGGCGUGUACUCCACACAGGUCGGCUACUCGGGGGGCUGCACCGACAACGCCACCUACGAGGACGUGUGCACAGGUAAAACUGGUCAUGCUGAAGUGGUGCGGGUGGUUUACCAUCCAGAGAACAUCAGUUUGGGGAAUCUGCUGAAGGUCUUCUGGGAGAGCCAUGACCCCACUCAAGGCAUGCGACAGGGCAAUGACGUGGGCACCACCUACCGCUCCACCAUCUACGCCUACACCCCUGAGCAGCUCCAGCAGGCCCUAACGUCCAACGAGUAUCAGAAGGUCUUAAAGGAAGAUGGCUUUGGAGCCAUUACCACGGAGAUAGCGGAGGGCAAAGAGUUCUACUACGCCGAGGACUACCACCAGCAGUACCUCAGCAAGAACCCCGGUGGCUACUGCGGAUUGGCCGGCACCGGCGUGUCCUGUCCAAUAGGAGUCCGGUCUUAGAUAGACUGGCUAGUUUUAGAGUGAGUUGCCUUAAUAA